AAAAAGAGGGGAGUGUUAGAGUGACAGGUCUAAAAACUACGGGAAUCUCAGUAGAAGGUAUUACAGGUCUUGAUGAUUUGGUUUAUUUAUGUGAAGAGGAAGAAGUAUUAGACUCAGUUUCGAGAGAACCAGGUGUUGAAAGUGUUGAUUGA